AUGAAUAUAAAUCUUAGGACUCUUCAAAGUACUUUAGAACGAAAAUUGGGGUUAUUAGAUACUUUGAAGAAUCGUGAUUGCGGUUUAUUUGACAAAGGUACAUCUAAUGAAGCAUGGCAUCAGGAAGUAGAGCUAUUACAAAAUGAGAUUAAUGAACUUUUUCAGUCUUUUGAUAAACAGAUGAAUGAAUUUAAUCGUAAGGAUAUUAUGGUAAUUGAUAGAUAUGAAGCUUUACUUCAAAGUUUAAAACGUGAUUAUACAAAUAUAUGCCAAUAUAUUAAUUCUAGAAAAAAACGUUCUAGCUUAUUUGGGAAAUCAAUAAUUGAUUAUCAAAAUAUACAAAUGGAACAUAGUAAUAAUAGUGAAGUUAGAAAUAAACUUUUUCAUGAAAAAGGUGCACUAGAAGUUUCUAUAGAUUGUAUAAAUAACAUAAUGGAUCAAGCUGUACGUACUACCACUUCACUUAGGAAUCAACACAAUAUUUUAAGAAAUAUUAAUGAUAAAGCAAAAAACUUAAAAAAAAAAUCAUUAUACAAUGUGGGUUUAUUGAUUAAUUCAAUUCUUAGUUUGCAGUUCAGGCAAGAAAUAUUAUUAACUUUUGUUUUUUGUUGCCUAAUUAUUUUUAUGGUAUAUUGGAAAUUUAAAUAA